AUGUCUACAGAAGGUUUAGACCUUGGGGUCAAUGUCGCUUCUGACCCCCUGAAAGCUCCACUUUCCUCCACUGCAAAGCUGACGUCCUCGGGCAAAGAGGCCGAAACCGGUGACAUCGCCCCCGUUGUGGAGGAUGAUCAACACUCGGUAACAGCAGAAUUAAGAGCCAAGUUUGCCGAUGAUAUCCAUUCCAAACCAAUCACUCAACCGCAAACAUCACCUUUGCUUCUGUCGACUCCCCCCACCGUCUCCAAGUCGUUGGUCAAGUCAUACCCCUAUCUUUUGGUGCUAAACAAGAUUCUAUCGAUAUUGACAUGGACAAACGAUGAUUAUUGGGUCAACAUCACCAUCUUAUCGUUAUACCUGUUGUUUAUCAUGUACUUUGAGAAUAUCAUAACUUGGUUUGGUCAUUUAAUCAUCGUGGGUGCAGUUGGUGUCUAUGUAGUGUUGAAUAAUCGGGUUGUGGAAGAAGCAAGUUUACAUCCCACGUUAGAUGACGUUGUUCAAGUGCUAACCACUACAUGUGUCAAAGCAGAUAUUCUUUUAAGCCCAAUUACUACUCUUUCUUUGACUGCUAAUGACAUCAAACGGUUACUUUUCACCACGGUAUUCUUAACUCCAAUUUACUUAAUUGGUACUUUUCUUAUAAUAAGGCCUAGGAACAUCGUCCUUAUCACGGGACUUUAUGUUUUAUCUUAUUAUUCAAUGUUUUCCAGAGUAUGUCGUCGUGUCUUGUGGAAAUUGAAGAUUGUUAGAGCCUUGUGCUUUUAUCUAACUGGUUUAGAUUUCCUGCAAGCUAAGAAUUCCAAUUUAUUCUCAGCAGCUUUAGCCAAAGUACAACAGCUGAGUGGUCUUAGCGUUGGUCUUAAUAGUGGGAAUGGAUCUAUUGGUAGUGGUGGUGCUAAUCCUGUACGGUUUACCUAUGUAAUCUAUGAGAACCAAAGACGUUGGCUAGGUGUUGGAUGGACCCUGAAUUUAUUUUCAUAUGAAAGAGCUCCUUGGACUGAUGAGUUUCUUAAUGAAAGUUCAUCGAUUGAAGAUUUCGAAUUACCUAAUAUCGAUGAUUUACCAGUUGAUUCACCUCAACGAAUCAGUGGUGCCAAAUGGAGAUGGGUUGAUAAAACUUGGAGACUUGAUUUAACUAAUGAUGGAGCUCUACAAUUACCCAGUAAUAAAAGAUCUAAAACUACUGCUGAUCCAUCUACUGAUGAAGGAUACGUUUUCUUUGAUAACACGUGGAAAAAACCACUGACUGAAGACACUUUUUCCAAGUAUACACGUCGGAGAAGGUGGAUUCGUACUGCUGAAUUAAUCUUUGAUCCAUCUAGUCCAACUUCAAUUCGUCAAACUGGCAGUGGACGUUUACUGAGUCCUGGAGUUAGUCCAACUCGUAGGCAACGUAAUUCUAUCGAUGAAGAAGAAGAAGAGCAUCAUGGAGAUCAUGAAGAAGAUCAUGAAGAAGAACAAGUAUCAAUAGUUGAAGAACGUAAAGAAGAUGAUGAUGAAAGUAAACAUGUUCAUGAGGAAGUAGCUACACUUUUAUCACAAAACUCCCGUACUUCGACAUCAUUUUCAUCACCCAAUGAAGAAGGAAUUGGAUCUACUUCGAGAAAGAGAAAGAGUUUACGGUUUGAUGAAGGUCCGGUUUUAAAAUCCGACUAA